UACGGCCAGAAAGUCGACGCCACCCCUGCUGGAAAAGACUGGCUUGCAGGCGAAUCUGCAGGGUGGAAAGUCUAUAAUACAGCAGAAAUGGACAAGGCCAAUAUUAGGAAGCUCUUGAAUUCAGGCAUCGCACCACGCCCCAUGACAAUUGUAUCCACGAUCAGCGAGGAUGGCGUAGAGAACCUGGCAUCGUUCAGUUGGUUCAACACAGUCACAGACUAUCCGCCCGUCAUCUCAUUCGGAAUCAACCGCAACGCUGCGGGCCACCUAAAAGAUACGACCAGGAACUUGAAGAAUGGCCAAGGAUUCGCUGUGAACAUCAUCAGCGAGGCGUUUAUCGAAAACGCAAAUGCAGCUGCCGUAGACGCUCCUCCCGAAGUCGACGAGUGGACUCUCAGCGGCCUGACAAAGGAGAAAUGCGUAUGUGUGAAAAUAAGAGCCUCGCGCGUCAAGGAAAGCGCUUUUAGCAUGGAAUGCGAGGUAAUUUACCAAUCGAUAGACAUCACCCACCCGGUCACAGGCGAGCACGACAGCACGCGCAUCCUCGCGCACGUCAAGUACUUCCACGUGCGCAAAGACAUGCUCACAGGCAGAGGUGCCGUCGACCUCACAAAGUUCAAGCCCGUCGGACGUGUGGGCGAUAUAUCAUAUGCCCGGGUUGGAGAUACAUAUAGGAUCCCUAUUCCACUAUGGGCGCAGGAGGAGGCGAAGAUCCAGGAAGCAUUGAAGAUUCUCGCAUCAACAUGAAAUAGAACGGAGAGUGGCUUACCAUUUCUGGGGAACAUAUACCAUAGAUCAUAUAGAUAUCAGCGUCCAGGCGGGAUCGAGUCCGUCGUUAUUUCUUAUCCUUAAGAUAGACCUUUAUAAUUGACUAGCAAGCCCUACUUUUUACAUCAUGAUGAUCAUGACUUACUUUCAACUUUUCAAACCUGAUUCCUUCAGAAUUAUCGACAAUCAUUGUGAAAGCGCAGGCA